AUGACUGAACGUUGUACUACUUUUAAUCCACAUCGAUUCAAACCAAAUAUAUGUUGUGACUGUUUUGAAGAUGAACAACAUCAUCCAACUAGAGUAACUUCAAAUGAACAUCCAUCAUCUGCUGUUCAAGUCCCUGUUUAUCAUGAAACAACAGAUAAUAAAGAUCAAUCCAAACCAAAUGAUGAAGCCCCAAAUCCUCAGUCAACGUCAACACAAACCAUACUUGCCCGGAACAAAUAUAACGUCUCAUGUCAUAAUACAGAAGGUAUUCAUUUCGAGCAAUUUUUGAAUUCAUCCAGUCACAAAGAACAUCAUAAUUCAAAUACAAGUCUGUCACAAGUAGAUACCAGUGAAAAUAUUGUACCCAAUCGUACAAAUGAACAGGAUAUAGUACCUCCGAGCGCAAUACUAUCUACAAAGAUACUUCCACAAUGUAUAUAUGGUUUGUCAUGUUAUAGAACAAAUCCUAAUCAUUUUGAGCGUUUUUCACAUCCACGUGGUCAUCAGAGAGAAGAAAAAUCCUCUGGGAUCAGUAUCGUUGACAACCCUUUCUUUAACAAUGACAGUUCUUCUCCAAUGAAAUCUACGUCUAGUCCUGAUAGUAAACGCGUACGAAGACUUGAAAAAAAACUUGAUAAAUAUAAAGAAUCCGAACUUUAUUUCAUCAAGCUGAUAGAAAAUAAAAUGGAAAGCUUGACUGUCCAGUUUGGAUUGCAGGCGCAGGAAGUUGAAAAAAUGCGUCAAGAUCGAACAAAAAUGGCUAUGUAUAAUCAACAGUUAGAAAUUGCGCUUCAAAAAGAAUUAGAUCAUCGUGAACAGCACGAGCUAGAACGAAAGCAAAUCUUAGCUAUUCACAGGCAAGUACCAAAGUAUUGGCAUCCAAAUACAUUAGAAGAAGCUUAUCGUGAAUACGAAAUAUCGGCUCAAUCUGAAGAAUUUGAUGUGAUUAAGCUAUUGAUGAAUUCAACAAUAUCAAUGCAUAGAAAUCGAUAUGGAACAGUUAAUGGACGAGAUCCAACGAAAUUUUUAAUAAACAGAAUAUUACGAAUAUAUAAUAGCGAAUUAUGGCAUCUUUAUUGCUUCAAAAAGGUAAGAUAA